GUCAUUUAAAUAAUUCCUACAUUAAUCACGAUUUAUUCCUUUACUAUGAAAAUCUCAUAAGAGAUGAUAUUUGAAUGGAUUUUGAUAUUAUUUAAAUCAUUUACCGUUGACAUAUUUUAAAUAGCAUUAAAAAUAGUUUAAUAUGUGGUGUAACAAGAUCAGAAAUUCUUUUAAAGCGAGUUCAAUGCUUGGGAUAUUUCAACAUGCCAAACGAACUAAACUUAAGUAUGUUGCUGCAUUUAUUGGUACAGGGGUUGGCAUUAGCAGCAACCUCAAAGACAAGCAAGUUGAAAUGUCUGUUUCAAAAAUAAACUGCACAAAAUUUUUAGCUGACCCUAUAACACCUGUAGAAGAUUUACAAAAAACUCCAAACUCCAUGCGAACAAAAAUGGAAUUACUUGUGCUACGAAUACAAGGGGAAUUUGUUAAAGCAUUGGAAAAUGAGGAAAAUUUUGAUUCCAAAUUUCUGAUUGAUAGAUGGAAUAGGCAAGAUGGUAAAGGGGGUGGAAUUACUUGUGUUUUGCAGGAUGGAGAUGUGUUUGAAAAAGCGGGAGUGAAUAUCACAGUAAUGACUGGUGAACUAAAACCCCAGGCCAUUCAGCAAAUGAAAAGUCGUGGAAAGCAAUUCAAAAAUGAAGGUGGACCACUAGAAUUCUUUGCGGCAGGUGUUAGUGCAGUAAUUCAUCCCAAAAAUCCUCAUGUACCUACUGUACACUUUAAUUAUCGAUAUUUUGAAGUUAAGGAUUCAGACAAUAAACUUCAUUGGUGGUUUGGCGGAGGAACUGAUCUCACACCCUAUUACUUAUAUGAAGAGGAUGCAAUGCAUUUUCACAGAACUUUGAAAAAUGCUUGUGAUCUUCAUGAUCCAGCAUAUUACCCAAAAUUUAAGAAGUGGUGUGAUGAUUAUUUUAUUAUACCGCAUCGCGAUGAACGAAGAGGAAUAGGUGGAAUAUUUUUUGAUGAUUUGGAUUCACCAUCUGCUGAUGAGGCAUUCGAGUUUAUAUCAACAUGCGCUGAUUCCGUAAUACCAUCAUUUUUACCAAUAGUCAAAAAAAGAAAAAAUGUUAACUACAGCUAUAGAGAACGUCAGUGGCAGCAGGUCAGACGUGGUAGAUAUGUGGAAUUUAACCUAAUGUAUGACCGAGGCACUAAAUUUGGUCUUUAUACACCUGGAGCUCGUUAUGAGAGUAUCUUAAUGUCUCUUCCUCUAAAUGCGCGAUGGGAAUAUAUGCACAAAGUACCAGCUGGAUCAAAAGAGGAACAACUAUUAAAAGUAUUAAAAGAACCUUAUGAUUGGGUAUCAUAUAAAGUGAACGAAAAGUAAAUUUAAAGUAA